AUGGUAGAAGCAAGAUAUCUAGAUCAGUCCCAAGUCCAAUUAUUUAUAUGCAUUCGCAAACUAAAAGACGUUGAAUAUAUAAGUAAAUCUGAUCCCUUUGUUGAAAUCUUUGAAAAAACCUCUUAUGAAGGAAAAUGGUCAAAAUUAGGACAAACAGAAAUUAUCUGAAAUAAUUUAAAUCCAGAUUUUAUCAGAAAUUUUACUUUAGAUUAUCAUUUCGAGGAACAAAAAUACUUGAAAUUUAGAGUUUAUGAUGCAAAUGAUGAACAAGCAACACUAGCAAAGUCAGUUUUUAUAGGGGAAGCUGAAUGCACUUUAGGAGAAAUUGUGGGGUCUCCCGGUCAGCAACUGAUCAAAACCUUAAAAGAAAAUAGCACAGGCCCAAGCUGUGGAAAUAUUAUCCUCAGAGUUGAAGAAAUCAACCAGUCAAGAGAAAAAUACUCUAUAGAAAUGGAAAUUGAAGCCAAAGAUUUAGACGAUCCAAGACUUAUUUUUAAUUUUUGCCCAUUUUUUUACAUAUCAAGGUCACUAGAAAACGGAGGAUCGCAAAGAAUUUAUGCAUCAGAUACCCAGAAAGGCAAAAAUGUGACGUGGCAAAAGUUUUUCAAAACCAUUCAAGAGCUUUGCAAUGGAGAUUUCUGUAGACCUCUUUUUAUUGAAGUAUAUGACAAUCAUUAUUGGAGCGGAAAUCAUGAACUUAUAGGAAUUGCUCAAUUCAGCCUAAAAGCGAUUCUUGAAGAUGGCAUCAAAGUUUUCAAUUUAGAAAAUCCCCAGAAAUACGGUAGGCAAAGUAAAAGCUGUGGGAAGAUUAUUUUUAAGUCUUUAGAGAUAAGAAAAGUUUAUAGCUUCUUAGAGUACAUUUCAGGCGGGUGCCAGAUUUCUCUGAUGAUUGCAGUGGAUUUUACAUCUUCUAAUGGGGAUCCUAAUUUGUCGAGUUCUUUGCAUUAUUUGAAUCCCCGCAUAAGUAAUCAAUAUGAGCAAGCUUUAUUUUCUGUGGCUGAUAUCUUACUGAAUUAUGAUAGUGAUAAGCUUGUUCCAAUUUAUGGGUUUGGAGCAGAAAUAAAUAGAAGAGUAAGUCAUUGUUUUCAUAUGAAUUCAGAUCCUCAAGAUCCUAAUGUGUAUGGAUUAGAAGGAGUCAUGAAUGCUUACAAAACUUCAUUGAGGACUGUCAGAUUAUCUGGGCCCACUUUGUUUUCUCAAAUAUUAGAAAGGGCUGUAUUAGAUGCAGAACAGGCAAAUAUAAGCCAAUAUAACCAGCAAUAUUAUGUUCUACUAAUACUUACUGAUGGAGAUAUUCAUGAUAUGAGAGAAACCAUUGAUUGGAUUGUCAGAGGAUCUUCAGCGCCCCUUUCAAUCGUGAUUGUUGGAAUAGGAAAUGACAGCUUUUCAAAAAUGAUCACAUUGGAUGCUGACGAUGAUCCACUUAUUGAUAGCCGAGGGAGAAGAAUGGAAAGAGAUAUAGUCCAGUUCGUUCCUUUCAGAGAUGUCGGAAACUCUCCAAGCGCUUUGGCAAGAGAAGUUUUAGCAGAAAUCCCAAGAGAAAUUGUAAAUUUUUUCUCGAAACGAAAUAUUACUCCAAAUCCAUCUCAAAGGGACAAAUUAGAGGCAAAGGACCAAAAUAAUAUAAAAUGCAAUGCUCCACUAGAUGAAGAAGAUAAAAAUAUCGAGCCUCUUCAUAUAUACCCAUAUUUAGCACCUAAAAUAGAAGAAAAUCAAUACCAAAAAAUAAAAGUUAACCUGCCCGAAAAUCCAUCUCAAAUAAGCAACUCAGGCAGCAUAAAUAUUUCUCAAUACCCUCAAUUUGCUCCAUCUCAAAUCCAAAACCUUCCACAGCAAUUGCCUCAAGUGCAAUCUCAUGCUGGACUUUUCUCUUCAAUAGGCAAUAAGCUUGGAUUCUGAUAA